AUGGCGGCAGUGAUCUUCAACACCAUCUCUCUCAGUCUCACCGUCCUCAUUUCCCUUCUUCUGUCUCACAAUGUGAACUCACUUUCCUUCGACUUCCCAACUUUCGAUUCUUAUAACAAUGCCAUCAGCUUCCAGGGUGAUGCCUUUGCAUCUCAGGGCUUCCUCCAGCUCACCAAGACAAUCAAUGGCGUCCCACAGCCCAACAGUGCCGGCCGAGCUUCAUAUUCAGCACCGGUUCACCUCUGGGACGCCAAAACCGGCAAGCUCGCCGCCUUCACCACUUCCUUCUCCUUCAUGCUCUCACCUUCUUCUUCUUCUUAUCCCAGUCUCUUCGGAGAUGGAAUCUCCUUCUUCAUUGCCCCCUUCAAUUCUCACAUCCCUUCAAACUCCAGUGGUGGAUUUCUCGGACUAUUCAGUGAACCCACUGCUUUGAAUUCCUACGCUAACAGAAUUGUUGCUGUUGAAUUUGACACUUUCGGGAAUCCUUGGGACCCAACAUCAUCUGGUCAUAUAGGAAUCGAUGUGAACUCCAUUGCCUCUGUGAAAACAGUAUCCUGGAAUGCUGAGAAAGGGUUAACGGGAAUUGCCACUAUAAGCUAUGACCCAGACGUGAAAAGUUUAAAUGUUUAUGUGAGGUACCCUACGGAAAGCAAAGUGAAUAGGACUAGCAGUAGUACUAGCCUCAUGUUUGUGGUUGAUCUCAGGACUCUUCUGCCUGAAUGGGUUAGGGUUGGCUUCUCUGGCGCCACUGGCCACUUGGUUGAGCUUCACAAAAUUCUUUCUUGGGAUUUCGUCAGUUCGAACUUUUAUUAA